GAAAGUGAACGACUGAAGGCGGUAACAGCGAAUUCAGUGAAUUCAUCAGCCAAAACAAAUAGUGCAGAUGAUGUGCAGUCUGAAGUUAUGUAGAUGUUGUUAAUAUAAACAUAUUUGUACUUAUUCAGGUGUUUUGGAUGGCAUCUUAAAGUUAGACAGUCGAUAAAGUCAUUUGAGAACUCGAAGCAAGAAGAGGUAGAUCCACAGCAGCUAACGAUUACAAACGUAGCAACACCGCCGCUACACCUCUAUUCAUUGCUUGAUCGAUCCUGAAGAUAGAUAUGUCCUAGGAUGCGUUUCAUAUAGUUGGCCAAUUGAACUAUGUGCUUGAACAUUCAUCAAUGAACGUCAAGUAAACACAGACAGUUUGAAUUUUUCAACAGAUCUCAAUUCACUCAAUGUCAUCGAUAAACCAAAUUUCAAAUAAGUAUUACAAUACUUCAUUAUUCAGGAUCUAUUUAAUCUGAAAUGAGUGUAAAUGUCGGUUCACUUCAUCGUCUUAGGGACAGCAAUCUCUUCCCGUGCAUCGUGGGAGUGACGAAGAAUGAAAUACUUUGGAGGACUUUGAGUGAAUUAAGAGUCAGUACAGUAAUAAAACAGAUAAGUUUUAAGAAUAUUAUCGGAACCACUUCCCUGUCAGAUGUUACUGGUGUGAGGUGGCUCACUGACUUGUCUGGGUCGUUACAGAAGAAAAAGGCAUGUAACUCCCGUGGAUUCACCAUUUGGAGCACUACACAAGCAAAGAAGUAUAGUUGGAAAGUUCGUUGCUCCACAUUCUACUGUGUUUGCGACCAACAGGUGUCUGACUGGGUGGAAUUUUUAAAUAGCAGUGUGCUAAAGACAAAUCCUUCACGUCCACGCAACUUGUUGGUUUUUAUCAAUCCUUUUAGCGGCUUAAAAAAAGCACAGCAGAUUUAUACUCACCAAGUAGCACCAUUAUUUUAUCUAGCCAACAUUCAAACGAAAGUUGUUGCUACAACAUCUCGGGAUCACGCGACAGAUUAUCUUAUUGAAAACUCAUUGGAUUCUUAUGAUGGAGUAAUUUGUGUCGGUGGCGAUGGAUUUUUAGCGGAAGCUGUUCAAGGUUUAUUGUUACACGAAAGACGUAAGUUCAAUCUACCGUUAUUUUCGGGCCAUAAACCUGGAGAAAUUGAAUUAAAACCAACAAUUCGACUUGGAGUUAUUCCGGCAGGUUCAACAGAUGCUGUCUCAUAUUCUGUUCAUGGUACCAAUGAUGUUGUAACUGCGGCUCUUCAUAUAAUUUCUGGUGAUGAUAUUAGUUUGGAUGUUGUAACUGUGCAUGCGGAUGACGAUGGAACAUUUAUUCGUUAUGUACUAACGAUGUUAGGCUAUGGGUUUCAUUCUGAUCUUUUGCGUAAUGAUGAUAAACGGCGUUGGAUGGGUCCUCAAAGAUAUAAUUAUUCUGGCUUAAAGACACUUUUACAACAUGCAUCCUAUCAUGGCGAAAUAUCUUUUCUACCGUGUUCGGAUCCAAACAACCUAUCAUCUAAUGGUAUUGUUUGCAAUAGUGGAUGUUCUGUUUGUGAAUCAAAUAAUUAUCAUCAAACUGACGAUUCAUUGCCUGUCGAUUAUUCACCGAAUAAAUGUAGUAUAAAACAUUAUGAAACGGAAUUUGACGUGCCCUUGAAUUCAUCAAUGAAUAUUCGAGGUAGUAGUGAUUUUUCUAGUAUACCAUCUAGUUUAAAUAAUAGUAGUACUCAAAGUGUAACUGAUUCACAAGCGCUAAUCAAUCAGAAAUCAUUGGAUUCUGAUGUAGGCUUGAGUAUUUCAUCGAAUAUUGACGAUCGUAAAAUUUUCAACUCUCAUUUACCUGAUUUAAUAUUUGAUAAAAAUUCCGAAAGAAAUUCCUUUGAUGUUAAUUCAUGCAAUAUUAUGUCAAACAAAAGAGAAAAAAUUUCAAACAUUGGAAUAGAACAGUUACAUGAUAAUCAAUUAGCACCAAGUCGGAGUUCACUUAAACCAAUAAGAAAUUGGCAUACUAUUCGAGGCACGUUUUUAGCAAUUAAUGCCUUUGUUCAAAGUUGUCGAUGUUCUCGAGCUGUUUGUGGCCCUGCACCUUGGGCACAUUUAGGUGAUGGCUGUUUGGAUUUGGUUUUAGUGCAUAAAUGUUCUAAAGUUCAAUUCAUUCGAUAUCUUAUGAGUAUAGCACAAAAUCGUCAUAUGACACCUGAAGAAAAUCCUUUUAAUUUUCCAUUUAUUAGUGUCAUGAAAGUAUGCGCUUUUCGAUUCGUUGCACAAAAUCAAUCUAAUUUAAAAAAGUUUGCUAAGUUAGAUACAAACUGUUUAUGUAAUAAACAGCAUAAUUUACAAAUAAUCCACAAUGUUAGUAUAAAUGAUGAUUCAACUAUUGAAUCAUUAUCAACUACAUCCUUGUCUGAGCCAAAUUCUUCUAAUCCCACUGUAAGUCAAAAGAAAAAAACAAUUUGGUGCUCUGAUGGAGAAUUAAUUCAAAAAUCCAGCAUAAUUUGCUUUGUCCAUCGUAAACUGAUACGAUUUUUCGGUCGAGGUCCGGAACAACACUCGGAUUCAAAUGGUUCAUUGGAUACAUCUGUAGAAAAACAAGAAUCCUGUAGGUUGAUAUCACAAUCUAUGAUGGAUGAAAUCUAUUCAAUUUACUAAUAUUAGUUGCAAUCACUACACUACAUUUUUUUCUAUAUUUGUUUAUAUUGACUUUGUUGCUCAUUCCCUUUCUUUUUUUUCAAAUUUAUGAUUUUCAUCAUUUGUUUUUCUUUUGAUUUGUUCUUUUACGUACAUAUCAAUUUGGAUUGAAUUCAAUACCUUGUAUAUUUAAUAAUUUUUUUUGCUGACUUAUACUUUAUCCUCAGAUUCAUUCAUUUUAUUUGUUCUUUCAUCUCAUCUGAAUUUGUUUGUAUUGGGUUUUCUAUUUUUCUCAGGCGCCAUGUUGUGAUAACAAUGACGACAACAGGUUUAAUUUUGCUCACAUAUAUAUUAUUGUAAAUAUCUUUUUCCUAUUGGGAAUGAUACAACAUUUUGUCCUUAAUAACUGUUAAAUUUUUAUACGCCUAUGAUGUGUCGUGUAUAUUUCUUUUCUUUUUUCUUCAAAAAAAGAUAACCUCUACUUCUUAAAAUAAGGAGUUGACAGUCGGUAGAUUGACCUCAAUCUAAUUGACAGUAUUACACUUUAUAUUAAAAUUUAUAGCAUCAAUUCAUAUUUGCAAUAUAUUUUAAUUUUACAAGAGAACCGAUGACAUAUUUCCAAGUUUUCUGUUUUUAUACAUUUCAUCAGAAUGAAUCAUAUGACAAUAAAGUAAUUGUGCAAAACUU